AUGCCAUUUGAACAUUUUAAAACUUUAGUUAAUUUAAUUUCUGAUCAUGAAAAUUUUCAAACUAAAGGACAAAAAAAACAAGCACCAGUAAAAUUACAAUUAGCAGUUUUUUUACACAAAAUUGGAGGUAAAAGUAAUAUUUUUGAAAUAUGUUCACAAUUUGGUAUUGCAGAAAGAACU